GGCUGGCUCGUGCACUUUGCUGACGAGCCGUUGCUUGUGGAAACAGCUGGUGGUUUCUGUCAGCGAACUCUCCUCGGGAUUGAAAGCGACAUUAGAGCGAAUAAAAGUUAAAAGUAGACUUGAAACUGAAUGAAUGCGGUCCGGGUUGAGUCUCCGCACCUGUUCCGACUGAAACCGGGAGAUGUCAUCCUGUGAGACCCACUUUAAAUCCGGCAGUUGGAGUCAAUCAGCGGCAGACCACCGACGCUCUUUGCCAAACUGCUGCUGCUAACGUCGGUUAGCCCCCCCUUCACCUCUGAAACACUUGCAAGUAGAAUCAAAGGAGAUAGACAACCAGCUGCCGAGCUUCAUUACACUCCAGAAUCGGGCGUUUAGUUUGUUUUCAGCAUGGCUCAUAUUCAUUAUAAGUUCUCCUCCAAACUCAGCUACGACACGGUGGUUUUUGACGGGCCGAACAUCUCGCUGACUGACUUGAAAAAGCAGAUCAUGGCCAGGGAGAAGCUUAGAGCCGGGGACUGCGACCUGCAGAUCACAAACGCACAGACCAAAGAAGAGUUCACAGAAGAUGGUGUUCACAUCCCCAAAGGCUCCUCUGUCAUAGUCAGGAGAAUCCCUAUCAUUGGAAAGUCCAGUUCACAUAGCAAGACCAACCACAAAGAAAGAUCAGAUGUCCAUAUUCCCAAUGCCUUUGGAUCCCACAGAAAAAUAAGUGACUCAAGUUCUACCAGGGCUUUGUGGUUUUUCUCCAAGAUGCAGCUGGCUAACUUGGCAGAAGCGGAUGUCUCAGAAGAGGAUAAGAUCAGGGUUAUGAUGAAUCAGUCCAGCUGUGAAAUGAUGAAGAACUCUAAGCUUGGCCCUGUCCUUCCAGAGAACUAUACCUGUUAUCGCUGUGGGAACACUGGACACCACAUCAGGAACUGUCCAGAUAAAAAUGUUGAAGCUCCUCCACGGAUAAAGAAGAGCACGGGAAUCCCUCGUUCCUUCAUGGUUGAGGUGGACGAUCCCAAUAUUAAAGGAGUCAUGCUGACCAGUUGUGGACGCUAUGCAAUUCCUGCCAUAGAUGCUGAGGCAUAUGCUGUUGGAAAGAAGGAGAAGCCUCCUUUCAUUCUACAAGAGCAACCUAAAUGUGAAGAAAAGGAAGAGCCCAUACCUGAUGAACUCCUUUGUUUAAUAUGCCGUGACCUGCUGAGUGAUGCUGUUGUCAUACCCUGUUGUGGAAACAGCUACUGUGACGAUUGUAUUCGAACAACCUUGCUUGAGUCAGAGGACCAUCUGUGCCCUACAUGUGGCCAAUCAGAUGUCUCCCCUGAUACCUUGAUAGCCAAUAAAUUUAUUAGACAGGCUGUUAACAAUUUUAAAAAAGAUCUAGGCUGCGGCAAAAGCCAGAGAACGAUGUCUGUCGCUACCCAGUCUCAGAAUACAGCUCCAAAACCAAGCCCUGUCCUGAUUCUGACCCGUCCCAACGUUCAGAACAAGAUCAAGAAGCCUCUCCAGUCACCCUGCGCUGAGCAGGAGUCUCUUGUGAACAAGCCUAAACCAAAACCGUCCCCAUCGUUACCACAAAGCACUGAUGGGCCCCCUGCAACUCCAGAGCCUGCCCCUGUUGGAAACUCCUCUGAGAACACUUCUCCCCAGCCUGAGCAAAGCCUUGCUGUGAUACCCAACAAGGAGGAAUUAGAAAAGACACAUGAUAGCUUAGAGACCGUCGCUCCAUCUGACCUGGUUUCAGACAGAGAUUCCCCUGAUGCUCCAUCCCAGCUGAUUUCACAGGUAAACUCUAUGGAAGGGACAGAACAGCUUCAGACAGACUGUGUGAAUCAAAGGCAAUCCUCUUCACAUUCAACUACAAGACCCUCUAGAUCAUCCUCUAGGGACAGCAUCUGCUCCACCUCCACAUAUCCUGCUGGAAGCUUGACUGAAUCUAGCUUAGAGCAGCCUAAAACGUCCUCCUCUUCAUCAUCAUGCUCUUCAUUACCAACCACACCUUUGCCUCUCUUUCCCUCCCCUCCUUUUCACACAUUUGUUCACACCCACCAGCCUCUCAGCAGUUACUUCCCUGGAUACCCACCAACCACACCCACCUGGAAGCUUCCGAUCCCACCCGGAGCCCCAAUCCCUUCCCUCUGCUCCUCCUCUUCCACAUCCUCCAUCCCAGUUUUAAUCCCUAAGGAGUGGUACAGGUUUCAGAGAAAGAAAAAGGAAAGGUCACCUCACAAACGGUCCGUUUCUCACUCUGUUUCAAAGUCCUCCAAAUCCAAAUCUUCCCGCUCCUACUCUGGGUCAUCCAGUCGUUCUGGUUCCCGCUCCCGGUCCAGAUCAAGUCAUCGCUCUCCUAACACCAAUCACAGAGACUUCCACAGCCACUCUAACCACUCCAGGUCUUUUGGCUACAAACGGUCUCGCUCUCCCAUGCCGUCCUCAUCUUCUUCACCUCUUAGUGGCUCCCAUUCUAGGUCCAAGAUGUCCUCGGACCGCAGCCGGAAGAACUGCCACCACAGCAAGAGGUCAGCUUUAAGCAGCCACAGCUCAAAGAGGCGAGGGGAGCGCUCAUCCAGGGAGGCAAGAAAAUCCUCACGUUCUAAGGGUUUGAAUGAUAUAAGUGAUCUGAAGCUGGAGAGGCAAUGCUACCUUCAGUGGAAGAAGGAGUACCAAGAAUGGUAUAAAAAAUAUUUCAGUAGCUGUAUCAGCCAUUUUCACCAGCUGCCUUUCCCUCCUCCUCCUCCUCCACCACCACCAAAUACUCAGGACUCUAUCUACCUAAAACAAGGGGGAGAAACAGUCAGAAAGGAUGAUGGUUGUCCAACAUCUGAGGAUUCCACUUACAUUCGCUCUUCUUCCUCUCAUUCCUCAAAUGACCGUCGCUCCCCGAUAUGUCACCCCUCAAGCGACAGCUUUUCAUCCCCUCAAUCCAAUGGCAGCCAGUCUUCACCCUCUCAUUCGUCCAAUGAUGGACCCUCUGCACCAUCAGGAGCCCAGCUUCAGUUGAAGGACAACUUGGAGAAGGGCACCGAGAAGGUUAGCAGUCUACCAGACUUUCUAACAAAGAGCAGUGAGGAAAUAAAUCUUCAAGAAAUGAUAACAGAUGACAAUCCACAAAUAAAGAAAAAGGUCGAUGACUGUAGCCCCCUGAAACAUAAGCAAAAGAAGAAGCCAGAGAAGUUUGAAUCCUCCGAUUCUUCAGGCUCCAUAAAUGUUCUCAGGCAGGACAAGAGGAGACGCAACACUGAACCAAACAGCUGCAAGGAUGGCUCACCAGUAGGACACGAAGAAACUGCUAGCGAUUCCUUAAAAUUAGUCCAAGCUCUUCUGAAACCAAAUCGACGUUUAGACAAAGACAAAAAAGAAAAACCCAAAGAGGAAAUCUUAGAAAGGGAGCAAGGGUCAAGAAUAGGCAAAGGUUCAGACUCUUGUCAAAACAGAAAAAGAAAACACAAAACCAAGCCCAGCACAGAUUCAGAUAGGUUAGGCACAGAAGUACAUCAACACCCUGAAGGCAGCAAGACUCCUGAGCGGGACAAAAAGAGGAAAAAGCAGGAUAAGGAGAUAAAUAACCAACCGAGUGAUAUCCCUAGCAAGACUAAAAGUAACAAAUACCUCCAACCUAAAACUGCAGAACAGCCCAACAGCCUUAAACGUGAAUCCUUGAAGCCUUCUGACAGACGAACACAAAGUACAGAGAAGAAAAGUAACAAUGCAUCGCCUCUGACUAAAAAAGACAUCUGGGAAGGAGGGAUAAAGGUGAUUUCUCAGAAGAAAAUAAGUAUCAACAUCAACUUGGAUGGGAAAAGGAAGGACGAGAAGACUGAACAGAAUUCUUCUAGUUCGGGGGUUAGUACUCAGGAAAGAAAAGAGCCAUCUAGUGAUACAGAGGAAAAGUUCAAGAAAGAAAAUACAGAAACUGUAGUAAACGAAAACAAAGAAUCAAGCCCUGGACUUCUGCCACAAGAGAAACCAUCUAUUUGGCAGGAGAUUAAAGAGUCAGGAAACAAAGCUACCUCCAAUGUUGACCAUAAGGAUGUGUCUAUGAAAAUCCCUAGAGAGAAAGAAAAGGAUGGGGAGAAAAACAAGAAAGGGGAGGAGGACUUAGAUUUAUGGCACUGUGCACUGAAAGGACUGGAAGACAAGAAGGAGAGAACGACAGGAAAGGAAGAAGAGGCAGAUAAAGGAAAAGAUGGCUGCAGAGACCAGAAGAUGGUCCUAAAGAAAGGCAGUACAAGCAGAGAAAACCGAGGUGAAGCACAGAAGGAAGACAAAGCAGUGAGGUCAAGCUCACAGAGAAGCAAACCAAAAAACCUCCAUGAUAGACAGAACGACGCAUCAAAACACAGCAGCAGUGAUACUGAAGGGAGACAGGAGAUGACCGCAGGGGGAAAACUACUGGAAGAUCUGUCAAAGGGCCGAGCUAAAGUCUCACAGACUGAACCUACACAGGUACUUCACUCCAAGUGGGGGAAAAAUGAAAAAGAUGUGACAACAAGAGAAGUUAAAGCGACUCAGCCUAAGCCAUCAGAGACGAGGAACAACACUGAAUCAGUGGGAGACAAUGAACAGAAGAGUCUCAGAUCAGUGGAGAGAGGGAGAGACAGGAACAGGGUGGCCGUGGGAGGCAGAGACCAGGAGAAGGAAAGAAACUCUGCUUCAUCGGGGUCAUACUCUACUGUGGCUCCCUCUUGUGACAGUGAGAGAGAGAGGGACAAAGAGAGAACAAGGGAAAACGAAAGACGAAGAGAGAGUGAGAGGUCAAAGCAAGGAAUGAGGGAAGAGGAAAGGAGAGACUGGGAUGCCCCAGUGUCAAAGAGAAAUUUGUCCUCGUCUCACUCAUCUCAUUUGUCAGUUUCAAACAAUACAGAGAACAGAGGACUGCUAAGAGAGAGUGUCCAGAGCUUUUCAAGUCACAGCAGAAAAUCCUCCAGAUAUACCUAUAUGCCUGAUCAAAAUGCAGCCAAGAGACACAGAGAUGCAUCCCUGGACUUUAAUAGUAAAGACAAAGACCACUUUGACUAUAGUUAUCACCGUCCAGCAGCAGACUACGGUUAUAAAGAUCGACCUGCAGGGACUCAACACUCACCACCUGCUUACAGCUACUGUAGGGACAGAGGCACGCACUCCUUCGAGCCACCGGCCGGCUCUCAGAGAGGCCUAAUCGACUGGGAAUUAAUGCAAAACAAAAACAGAACUGAGAGCAGGGUACAGAAAGAAGAGAAGCCAGGAAAGGAGAGGAAAACUUUAGGAGAUGGCAAAAGGGAGAGAGAAUAUUCUGAGGUGGUGGGUGGGCGAGAAAGUGGGAGUCAGGAGGAAAGGGCCCAAAGACUAGAUGAGCGACGUAGAUCCAGCAGCAGUAGCAGCAGCAGCGUCCGUUCAUCUGCCAGCCGCAGGAGCAGCAGGGAUGAACAGAGAGAAGGUAAAGAAGCAUACUGAUAGAAAAAGGACAGGCCACACCAGAGCUGCACAAAAAAGUCUUCAAGCAGCAAACGUAGGACGUAUGGAGAAGAGUUGCUGCUCUGUUACAUUUUCUUUACUGUGAGACAAAAAUACUUGAAUGUUUUCCUUUCCUGACCAAAAAGGUGUCUGGGUUUAUUGCAAUAAUUGUUUUUUUUUUAUUAUUCCAGGGUACUUUCUGUAUCACAUUAAUAUUGUCAUAUCUGACAUGCAUCAACCCAAAAGGCUUGCUAAAAAGUUGUGAAGGAAAGCACUUUAAACACAAUACAAAAACAAAUGUGUGCAAAAUCAAAUGUCAAGGCUCAGAAUGUUUUUGAAUAAUUUUAAGUUGGUUGCUUAUGCACAUGCUUGACACACUGAAAACCACCAGCAGCUGCAUUACGUAUGAACAGAACCUGUUACACCUGAAAUGAAUGAGAUCAUCCUCUGACAGGAAAUGAGUCAGGAAUUUAAUUUGCCUCACACGGGGGUGCCAGUAGAGGAUUCCUAAAGAGAAGCUGUGAUUGAUUCAGAACAGAUACUGUGAAUAUUUAUGAUUUCCACACUCUGUGUUGUUUUUUGUUUCUUUUUAAUUUUGUAAAUGUUAAAGAUUGCUGCUGAGUUGAUUAUUUACAAGAGAAAGGUCUGAUAUUUCCUGUUUGGAGGAAAUAAAAAAAAAGGAACCAUA